AGCGCAGCGGUCGACUGUGAUUCCCAAAACAGCGGGCGGGUCUUCUGUGAGUCGAGCCUCGUCUUUUAGCAACAAUCGCUUGAAAUUCUCCACAUUGCGCUUAAAACUCGAACACGAGAUCGACUGGGAAUUUGAACCCCGCGAGAAAAUAAGGUAUGGCAGCAAUCAGGAAAAAGCUGGUGAUCGUGGGAGAUGGAGCAUGUGGGAAGACCUGUCUCCUUAUAGUGUUCAGCAAAGACCAGUUUCCAGAAGUCUACGUGCCUACUGUGUUCGAGAACUACAUUGCAGACAUCGAAGUUGACAGCAAACAGGUGGAGCUGGCAUUGUGGGACACAGCAGGACAGGAAGACUAUGAUCGUCUGAGGCCCUUGUCUUACCCAGACACAGAUGUCAUCCUCAUGUGUUUCUCCAUUGACAGUCCUGACAGUUUAGAAAACAUUCCAGAAAAGUGGACACCGGAGGUGAAGCACUUCUGCCCCAACGUUCCCAUAAUCCUUGUGGGCAACAAGAAGGAUCUGCGAAACGAUGAGCACACACGGAGAGAGCUGACUAAGAUGAAGCAGGAGCCAGUUAAACCGGAGGAGGGCAGGGACAUGGCCAACCGCAUUAGCGCCUUUGGCUACCUCGAAUGCUCAGCUAAAACUAAGGAUGGUGUGAGGGAAGUAUUUGAAAUGGCCACCAGGGCGGCACUCCAAGUCCGCAAGAGGCAGAAGAGGAGCGGGUGCUUGCUGUUGUGAGAGAACUUUCCGGUCUUUUCCAGAAUGAUCUCAAUAAUGAAAAAACUCCACAAAAAAAGAAAGAAAGGUUUUUGACCAAACAACACAAAUACACUGGACUGUAUGUCACAUUUCAUGCAUACAAACAGGUGGAAGAUGGAGGAAUGUGAAUAAAAUAUGAAUUAAAUGGACAGAGGGUGAGCAGAAAGGCAGGUUAGAUCAGUAUAUGAUAUGUCUUGAUUUAGUUUUCCUUAUGGCACAAUGUUUCUUAGAACACACUUUUCUUUUAUUUUUUUUUUCCCCUUCAGUUUGUACUGUACGGAUGAUGUCAGUUGUAACGGUAUUGUUUUUUUGCACAUUUAUCGAUCGACUAUUAUAGCUAAGUCUGGUUUUCAUAUGAUUGUAAUCGUAAUUAAUAUAACAAUGUAGAAUUAUCUUAAUAGCACAGAAUUUGGUAAUAAAAUCAGUGCCUUCAUCACCAUUCCCUCCACAAAAUUGAAUGUACUCUGGUAAAGUGCUAGUUUCGAGCUUCUCUGUGAGUUAACACACUUUUCUAGUAGUGAGAAACCAUGAAUUUAAAUGUAUUUAGGUAAUAUUGAGUAUGUUUAUAUCUUUCAGUCCCCAAAUAAAUAGUAAUUACAUGCACUUAGAAGGCUCAGUCAGAUUAAUUAGGAAUGUGACACAUUUCAUUUGAAUGAUCCUAUUUGUCCUCCACACAUGCAUAAAUAUACAUGCGUGCACAUGGAGCUCUAAACUGGUUUGACCCGCCUUGAAUAUCUGGGGUGAGCUCAAGCUGUCACAUAAUCUGACUGUAUGGUCCUCACGUUGAGUAUUGUCAAUGCAAACUUUACAUUUUUUAAGUUUGAAUCACUUAUUCGGUUUCUAGCACUGCAAAACUUCAAAUAAAUACACCGAUGAUUGCUAGCAAAUGUGUAUUAGCUAGAAGAGGCCUUGAGUGCCUUUGCUUUUCCCACAGAAUUGUGUGCAUUUAGUUAGCUGUCAUUAAUGCGUUUUGUUUGAGAUAAAAUUAUUUGCAUGCACAAGUUUUGUCACAAACAGUGUUGUAAUGUUUCAUGCCAGUAAAGUAAAGAGGUGUCCGGGCCAUCUGGGAGAAUAACCGUUGUGCAUCUAGAAAAAGAUCCGUAGCUUUUAUUUGCUUGUGUAAAAUCCAUGUAACAAUGACACUUCCACUGCUGUCCCCUACUGGUGCCGUGAGAUGCCUGACAUAAAGUAAAUUAGCAACACUACAUAACUCCACCCCCAUGUUUCCUGUCUGUGUUGACUGUUUGAACGAGUGUUGAAUUCAAUAGCAUGGAUUGGCUUGGUUUCCCUCUUCUGCUAAUGUCAAAUAAGAGGGUGAAAGAUACAAAAAAAAUUUCAAGGUGUCCAGGGUCAUAUUUCAACCAAAAAAAAAAUCUUCCUUGUUUAGGUCCACCAGAAGCACACAGAACAUGAAGCUAACCAUCUGUAUAAUUCUUGAACACCUGGAACACUAUGGCAAUGAUUCUGAAGUUAUUAAACUGGGCAUUAUUAAAACACUGAUUGUAAUGCACUGACUGUGCACACAAAUAUCCCAUUAGACCAAGUACAAACUAAACACUACCUGCUAAUAAAAGAGGAAGAUGUUCUUUAGCUUUUUUUUUUUCAAUGUACUGAUUUGUGAAAUCCUCUAUGCAGAUGUGAGAACAGACUCAUGACCGUUGUGAAGUCAUCGUCUGCAUGAGUAAAUGACUACAGCGUCCAGCUUUAGCAUACAGAGCUCCACUCCGGACUCUGAGAUCAAUCUGCUGUGUUCAUAUGGUCUCUUCCUUUUUUCUGGAAGUAUUAAAUAUGAUUUAAUAAUCCAGAUUUUUAUGAGCGCUCAUAGUAACAAUGCUUUGUAAAUGAGACUAGCAGUAAUUGUUUGAAUGAAGUGAAACCAACCCAUGUUAAUAAUAAACUAUUUUUUCGAAACAAAA